AUGUCUGGAAAAGGUAGUGGAAAGAAGGGACAAUCAGAAAAGAAACCUGACUCUCGUUUUAAGAAAGAUGCUCGUUUUAAAAAUUUUUCUAAAGGAAAGAAAACAAAAUUAGACCCUCGAUUUAAAAAAGCAUUAAAAAGUAAUCUUUUUCAUGAAGAUGCACAGAUUGAUAAGUAUGGAAGAAAUGUUGAACAAGAAGAUCAUUUAAAAGCUAUUAAAAAAGAAUUUGAUAUUGAGGAUGAUAAUUUAGAUGUAAAAACACUUGAAAAGCUUGUAGAAGAAGAAGAAAAUCAACAAAGUGAUGAAGAGGCAAAUAUCCAACUUGAAGAAGGUGUACAGAAAGAAUUUGAAGAACAAGAACAAAUUCCAUGUGGUGAUGCUACCAAAAGAAUUGCUAUUGUUAAUUGUGAUUGGGAAAAUACUUCUGCAAGAGAUUUAUUUGCACUUUUAAGUGUAUGUGUUCCAAAUGGAGGAAAGUUAGAAAGUGUUUCUAUUUAUCCAAGUCAAUUUGGUGCUGAAAGAAUGAAACAAGAAGAAGUUGAAGGAAUGCCUAAAUAUCUUUGGAAACAAGGUGUUGAAGAUACUGUUGAAAUUAUUGAAGACAAAAAGUUAACUGAUCCAAAUUGGAUUCCAACAUUUACAGUUGUUUCUGAUGAUAAAUUAGAAGAAGAAAAUCCUGAACUAGUUGUUGAUGAAAAAGAAGAAGAGGCAAUAGAAGAAGAAGAUAACGAUGAAGACCUUGGAUUAAAACCUGUUACAAAAGAAAUUAAAACAGCUCAAAAAGCUGAAGUUGUUCCAGUUGAUUUACUUGAUCCAGAAAAAAUAUAUCAAUAUGAACAAGAUAAAUUAAAAUAUUAUUUUGCAGUUGCAGUAUUUGACUCUAUUGAAACAGCUAAUGAAGUUUAUAAUGCAGUUGAUGGAGAGGAGUUAGAGUUUUGUGAACAAACAUUAGAUUUAAGGUUUGUUCCUGAUGACACUGAAUUUCCAUACAAAGCUGUUGAUGUAUGUACUACUUAUGAAAAAGUUAUAAGUAGAGAUGGUAGGGCAAAGAGUAAUAAAAUAAAAUUAACAUGGGAUACUAAUGAACAAAAAAGAAAUAGUGCAUUAAAAAAGAAUUGGAUGGAAAUGGAAGAGGAAGAUUUAGUUAAAAAUGAAGAAGCUUACAAAGAAUUUAUGGAACAUUCAAGUGAUUAUGAAGAUGAAGAACAUCCAAAAGAAGAGUCAGACAAGAUUAGACAGAAAUAUGCUAUUUUGCUUGGAGAGGAUGAAGUGGGAGAAGAUGAAAUGAAAGAAGGAGAUAUGGUUAUGACAUAUACAACUGAUGAAGUUGCAUCGACUGAAAAGAAAACAAAGAAAAAAGAUAAAAAAGAAGAAGAAAAAAAGAAAGAAGAAUUAGAAUUAUUAAUGAUGGAUGAUAUUAAUGAAAAUCGUGAAAAGAAAUUGAAGAGAACAUUAGGUGAAGAUGAAGAAGAUAAAGAAAAGAAAACACGUAAAGAAAGAAGAAAAGAAGGUAAAAAGAAAAGUAAAAAAGAAAAAAUGGAUAAAGACUUUAAAAUUGAUGUUGAAGAUGAUAGAUUUAAGAAAGUACUUGAUUCACAUGACUUUGACAUUGAUCCAACAAAUCCAGAAUUUGUAGCAACACGGGGAAUGAAACAAUUAUUGAAAGAUAAACAUAAAAGAUUUGAAAAAGAAAUGAAAGCAAAGAAAUAA